AUGCCCACGAUUGAGGUGGACGGCUUGAGCUGGGCUGGUGUGGAGUUUCGCGCAUACACAGACCCUAGCAACGCUGACAGCUCGCUUGCGCCUCCUUCAAUACCUCCCCCGCCCCCGCCACCGCCUCCUCUGAACAUACCUCCCUCCAGAGCUAGGAGGCAGCUAGCUGCAAGGCUUGCGCUGCAUCAGAAGAACAACGAGACUGCAGAGCCCUCAUCUGCUUCCCAUCACGGUGACAAGGAGGGUGGCGACGAUGACGAUGAUGACCUCAAAGAUCCCUUUGCCGAUGGGGAAGACGACCUUGACGAUGAUGACGAUAUACUUCGAGAAGACGGGCGGGAUUCCUGGUGGCGAGGAGUCGUGCGAAGGAAAGCCAGCGAAGAGGAGCGCAACCUGGAAGAAGACAACGACGAUGAAUUUGGAGAUUUUGCUAUGGCCGAGGAUAAUGACGAGAAGCCCGACGAGAACGUUGUCUUAAGGCCGCUAGCAGUCAACCCUGCUAAAGACGGCAAUCGGAGUCUUAGUGGACUCUGGCCGUUCAGCACCAGGUCAGAGCAAGCAGCCCCGAACGAACCACAGUCGGGAGGUGAAUCACUGUUCGAAAAGAAGCCAGAGUCCGAGGCUGCCCCCUCGGCUGCCGUUGAGGUCAAAGAAGCGAAGCGGAGGACUAGCAUUGAGGAUCCCGAUGACGACGAACCCGUCAAGGUCUGA